GUUUUCAAGAUUUCUGCAAGUUUAUUAGCUUUGAUGGGUUUGGUUGUUGAUGAAUUAAGGAAUCCACUCUGCGACUUUAUCCGAGUAUUUGAAUUAGGGCUUCCACAAACUGGCCAGAGGGCAAUACUAGAGGACGAUUUAAAUUUGACAUUUUGUCUAGAAGACGAUACAUAUAAGCCUGAGGGCAAAUUG